AUGAGUCUAUUGGUGGGUUCUUGGUUCCUACGAACUGCGGUGGCACUGUCGCUGCUGGUUGCAGUUGAGGUCCUGGCUGUGGACUGCCAAAGCUCUACGACGCAGCUCUAUGAUUCCAACCCACAACUCGCUUCAGCCGGAGAAGGGUAUUUGAAUUAUGUCACCGGUACCAUCGAAGAGGAGUGCCUCGAAUUGCAGCCGGACAUGUACACCAAGUCUCUGCACAGCUGCCGUGUGGAUUUGACGGAUCUCAAGUCCCCCACGACUUCGGACUAUGCGUGGGAAUGCCAAGAAAGCGGGGGGACCCCUUGGACCUGCGACUACAUGCCGCAGUGUUCCCAAGGACGAUACUCUUCGAUCCGCAUAGACUCCAUUCUGGUCUGUGCCAGUCCUUCUUGUGAUAGUGCCGGGGCUUCCUCGCUGCUGCCUCAUGAGGAUCUGUUGGGGCCAUUCACCAGAGCGAGUCAUUCUUGUGCGGUCAAAUUCCGUUGCACGAGAAGCUAA